UCAGGUGGGAACAUUCUUGCUAGCCAAUGAUCUUUUGCAGAAAACAUAUCAAUAAACUCGGAACAACCUAAGCAUUAUGAAACCUCUAUUCGAUCAAAUAUGCCUCACCUAUUAAAAAAAUUCCUCACUUGGUCUGCUUAAUCUGCGCAGACAGAUUUUGGGCGGAGUCGACCCUCUCGCUUUGCCUCUUCUUCUCUGGCGCUGUUCGCUGUGAUAUAGAAGUGUAACAUUUGCGGAAGAGAUGUUGAAUGCAGGCGUGGCAAUAUAACUUCCGCCUUCAAACCCAGAACAACAGAGAAAUGACAGCGACACUACGCCCAUACCUGAAUGCUGUGCGUGCCACACUGCAGGCCGCCCUCUGCCUGGAGAACUUCUCCUCUCAGGUGGUGGAACGCCACAACAAGCCAGAGGUGGAGGUCAGGAGUAGUAAAGAGCUCUUACUACAGCCUGUGGUAAUCAGCCGCAAUGACAAGGAGAAGGUCCUCAUCGAGGGCUCCAUCAACUCUGUGCGAGUCAGCAUUGCUGUGAAGCAGGCUGAUGAGAUCGAGAAGAUCCUGUGCCACAAGUUCAUGCGCUUCAUGAUGAUGAGAGCAGAGAACUUCUUCAUUCUCAGGAGGAAAUCCGUUGAGGGCUAUGACAUUAGUUUCCUCAUCACCAACUUCCAUACGGAGCAGAUGUACAAGCACAAGCUAGUGGACUUCGUCAUCACCUUCAUGGAGGAGAUUGACAAGGAGAUCAGCGAGAUGAAGCUGUCUGUCAAUGCCCGUGCCCGUAUCGUUGCGGAGGAGUUCCUCAAGAAUUUCUGAGGCGGCGUCAUCGCAUCCCUCUCACUGAUCACAUGACUUGGCCAUGACCAUGGAUCUGUGAGAGAAAGGGCAGGCUCAAGGGCCCGAUAGCAGGAAGAGGGUGGAGAAGCGUACUGUGAGUGAACAACCAAUCUGUGGCGAAGACGAUAGAAAAGUGACCAAUCCAGUGUGGGUGUGUGGCACCCAACUGCGUCUCCCAAGUAUGUACUGUACUCAUAAAUAUUGAUGACUGUAUAUAAUUAAAUGUUUCAUUUUCUGCCUCUUAGAGCAAAUCUCAAAACCAAGGCAGGUCCUUAAAAGUAUUAACCAGGUUGAUAUUCAUGACGGGGACAAUGAGAAUGUGUUUCAACUGAAACGGCCUGUAUUGUUUUUAUACAUUCUUUAUGUACUCUUGUUUGUCAUUUAAACAUUUUUUAAUUCUCCUUUUUGUUACAAAAUAUUAACCUGUUCAGUACGCUCAUCAUGGAGAGAGGAAAAACAAGAUGUUUACAUUUUAGUACAAGACGCAUCACAGAUUUAUUAAGCGGUCAUAAGAUACCAAAUGAUAAUGAAUGACAUAAUCAAAUAAAACUCAUGACAGCUUGUUUGUA